AUUAUCACAGGUCCGUGAAUUGAGGGGCGGAGUGUAUGACAAUAAUGUAGUCAACGCAGGUUACGAAUUUAGACGAGAAGUGAGUGAGACGAUUGAAAUGAUUCGUCGGACAGAGGAAGCUGUGUCAAAACAGGUUGUUGAAACUUCAGAUAUUUUGAAUGUACACAACGGUGCCAUAAAUAAUAUGGUUGAUGUUCGAGCAUGCAAUAAACCAGUAGAGAGGCUCUGGUGGCGUGGAGUCCGGAGCUCCAAGUUCCGUCAUGUGUACGGGCGCCCAGCUAAACGUGAAGGCUGCUACGAAAAUAUCAAGAUCACAAAGAACGCGCAUGACUCUCACUUCUGUGCUGCCAAUCCCAAGUUUGUCGCUGUUGUCACAGAAGUUGCUGGUGGAGGAACAUUUCUUGUCCUUCCCAUUCACUGUACAGGGAGGCUAGAUUUCAAUGCGAGUCGAGUAACGGGACAUAGGGGCCCUGUUUUGGAUGUGAAGUGGAACCCUUUCAAUGACAACAUUAUUGCUUCAUGUUCAGAUGAUUGCACAAUCAAACUAUGGUACAUUCCUGAUGGAGGACUGGCAACUCAUCUGUCAGAGUGGCUCAUUGACCUUCACGGGCAUAAACGUCGUGUCGGUUACAUUGAGUGGCACCCGACAGCAGAGAAUAUCUUAGUCAGUGCAGGGUUUGACCAUUUGAUGAUAGUUUGGGAUGUCGGUUGUGGUGAAGCAGUGAAUGUGAUCGACUGUCAUCCAGACGUCAUCUAUUCUAUGUCAUUUAACCGUGAUGGUUCACUUAUAGCGACCACCUGCAAAGACAAGAAACUGAGAGUUAUUGAACCGCGUCGAGGCAUUGUUCUGUCAGAAGGAGUGUGUCACGCAGGAACAAAGGCAUGCAAAGUGGUGUUCCUUGGUAACACUGGUCGUAUGUUGACUACCGGAUUUUCUCGCCACUCAGAUCGGCAGUAUGCUGUAUGGAAUCAGAGUGAUAUCUCAACUCCGUUGUGUACGGAAACUAUCGACUGCUCCUCCGGAAUUCUCUUCCCUUACUAUGAUCACGACACUCAUAUAGUGUUCCUUGCAGGGAAGGGGGAUGGCAACAUACGGUACUACGAGGUGGUGGACCAGGCUCCAUGGCUGCACUACUUGAACCAGUUCCUGUCUGGCUCUCCUCAGCGAGGACUGGGCUUCAUGCCAAAGAGAGGCUGUGAUGCUACACAGUGUGAAAUUUUUCGUUUCUACAAACUCCAUGCUACCAAGGGCAUGUGUGAGCCCAUUUCCAUGAUUGUUCCUCGGAAGAGUGAUACAUUUCAGGAAGACUUGUUUCCAGAUACAGCCGCCCCAACACCAGCUGUCUCAGCUCGUGAUUGGAUAAAUGGGAGGAACUGUAACCCAGUUCUCAUGUCUAUGAAUACAGCAGGUGUGGCUGUCCGAACACACAAACCACAUUCUCCUCCCACUUUGGUUGCUCCGCUAGCAACGCUUCCUACAAUCAACAACAAUAUCAAGAAAUUCGCUUUCCUGUCUCAUGAAACGGUGCCUGAUUAUCGUCCCCGUGAUAACGUGCAAGUGUUACCUCUGCCACUUUCAGAGAAGAGCCAGAAGACAAGCAGCAACCAGACCACCAAGUUUCAGCAGAUACAGCAGCUCUUUGGACAGCCUGCCAUCAUAGCAAGCGAUGAAUACAAGCGAGGCGAACGGACUGAGCAGCUGGUUGACAGUCCCAAGACUGAGUUCCAGCUUCAGAGGGCAUACUCGCAGCAGUGUGAGGAACUGAAACUUCUGAAGAAGCAGCUAGCGAACCGCGAGCGGCGAAUUAGAGAACUGGAGGAGCAGCUGGUGAAGCUUAAUUUUGAAGAAAUACAAUGAAUGAAUAAAUGUGGAAAGUACUGUGAAUCGCACACAAGUGUCAUUUAAUGGGUCACUUUCCAGCAGAACAUGCCCACACCAGAUUAUUUUUUGUUUGGCGUUACCUCUGAAUACAUCAAGGAAUCAUUCCUAGGUUAAGGAUUUCAAGUUUGUUACGUACGUAGAUAUUGUUUUGGUUUUAGUAUACAACUCUGGAGAUAAUUCUGUGUUUCAAGAAUGAAGAGAGUUUGCAGAAAUUAAUACUUGCAACGUGCUGCUAAAAUAUCAGAAUCUAAUUUUUGUUUCACAUUUCCAUUUGUGAUAUAAUUUUUAAUACCAUUUCAUGUUUGUGUAUAAGCUGUUCUUUUGUUUGCUGUUGGCAGUGCUUGAUCAGUAAUUAUAUAUCUUGUAAUGCUUAAGACUGUGUUGUGUAACUACACAGGUGUGAUGAUGUAGCAAGAAAUGCUGUCAGGUGAUGCAGUUAACAUAUACAUGCAUAUUACACUAAUUAACUUUUAAUAUGGAUAAAGAAUUACAACAUUACAGAAUGGAGACUGUCAAGAAAUGGUAGUCUCAAAAUGAGGAAACUGUGUUCUGGCUUUAAGAAAAUGGUGAACGAACUUCCACAGCAUUCACUCUGGUUAUGCCUCAUGUGACCUUUGCAAUUUUGUGAACAGACUUCCCAUAGUUGAUAAUGGCAAGUCUUGAUAGCGUAACAUUCCAGUGAAGUAGAACAAGAAGCCAGUUUUGGUUUAUGUUGCAGCCGAAAUGGUGAGCCCAUGGGACAUGGAUUUAUGUUUUUUGACGUGGUACUCACAGUGCAUAUGUAAGCUACUGGUAUUUUCAACUUUUCCUCACACAGCCAGACUGAAUGCAGUGCAUGGAACUUGAGUCGGUGGAUAUCAUACGCUUUUCUUGUUUUUCUCAGAAUAUUAUAAAAUUGUUUUUUAAUUAUUAUUAUUAAAUUUAAUAGUAAAAGUGUCAGGCAAUAUGCUAUCGCUCCUUAAUUCCAAUGUGUUCAGUUUUAGUUCAAGCUGCGUGUGACAUCUGAUCUAAUGGCGUUGUUGAUUCAUUGAGGAUUUAAUGUUUAUUCGAGCAUUGUUACUGUUGAAUGCAUUUAUUUGCUAUGCUUAAAUACAGUGUUUUCUAGAAACACGACACUAACGUAAGACUUGUACAAUAUUGCAGAUAGAAGUAAGCUAAUAAUAAGAAUAAUGUAUUGAAGCUUUUGUCUUAUAAAUAUCUGAAUAAGACAAACAUCCAUUAAAGUUUUUGUUGCUAGAGAUGCUACUUCUGUUUCAGGUUCAGUAGGGGCCUAGUUCAUGUCUUGGUUAGGUUUCCAUCAGUCCUCCACAUACAAAAUACCUCCUACAUGUAACAGAUAGACGGAUCCUCAUAAGGUACUGCAGUGUUUGCACUGAUGACUACACACAGAACUACCAGAUAAAGUACAAAAUUUUGUUUCCUCUGAAUUUUACCAUUCCUGUAUUCCUCUGAAAGUUCUGGUAUUAACUGUAUAAAGUUGAACUUUAUAUCUGACAUAAAUUUGUUGAGAUUUCUAAAUUCAUUUCAUUCAGUAAGUAUUACAAUGUUUGGCUUACACUUGAAAGAGUCUGAACUCUGUUAAAUAAAGUUUCAUGUUUAAUCUGAAAGGCCUAUGAAAUUUUCACACAUGUUCCCACUUUGAGGAUUCUGUCCAUGAUUUUGGGGAUGUCCUUCAGAGGUGUAGUUAUGUGGAGUCCGGUAAUUUUGUAAAUCUGCUUUGAGAGUACCACUGUUAUGAUACUUAAUGCCAAAGUCAUUAUUGUGUUCCUUGGAAUGGAUAAUUAUAGUUUAUACCAUAAUUGCUGCUAAAGGUGUGGGCAUAAUGUGAUAAUGAUGUGAGAUAUAUGCGUUGACAGUUGUUACUGCUGUGUGUGGCUUGUGUUUUUAUUAAUAUUAUGUGGUACUCUGCUGUUUUGUUGCUAUUCUGUCACACAAAUAAUUUAGUUUUUAGCGUAGCUAAUUGUAGUGGAAAUGGGCUGGAUGGUUAUGUAACAUGCCAUGUUAAGAAAAUGUACAGUGGUCUUAAUUUUUAGUUUCUGACAUGGAAUUUUAACUUUGCUUGAGCCAUUUUUUUAGUUUGACCUUGAAAUUUGUUUUUAAUGCCCUUCUUUUUUGUGACUAGAACUGUGUUCACUGUGUUUUAAUCAUUCAUCUAGUGAUUUGCCAUUCUUGAGGCUUCAGUGACAGGAUUAACAUUUGUCCUCAGACAAGUGUAAUUUUUAAGUAUGAUGGCAAAUUUAAGUUACUGAAGCAAACUGAAUUUAUUUAGAAAAAAGACUGGUAAUUGCCUAUUUUCAUUUGUGCUGAUAACGUGAAGUUUGUUGCAGCACAGUUUCACCACUUGUUCUUUUGUGUGGAGAGGGUGAAAGUGUAUUUGUAAGGGUAAGACUUCUGCUGAAAUACCGAAUGAGCUACCCUCAUUUCUGGAUGCCAGAACUUUUGUAAUUUUUCUGGCAUUAGUGAUUGCCUCUUAGGUCAUCCAGGAUUUACUCCAUCUGGGAAACACCUUCAUUCUACAAUUUUUAAACUGGCGUAUGGUUAGGGAUGAAUCUACUGUACUUGAAAAUGAUUACCACGAGUGUUAGUUUGGGACAUUUAUGUGAAUAAAUAUAGAUUGAUAUUUUAACAUUCUGAGAAUGCAAUUUGCCCAUUUCCACUACUUUGAAAUGUGCUGAUCAUGUAUUCAAAGUACUGGCCUUAAAGAAAUGUUAUUCUGUAGAUAAGAUCUAAAAUUAUAUAAAGCAUUAUUUUUAGAUGGGAAUUGCAUAAAUUGUGACGGCUAAACAAAACAAAGACACACUCCAGUUUUAUCUUGGUGUAUUAUGAAAAAGUUACAAUAAUAAAAAUAUUAUAUGACUUGAA